AUGGACUGGGCCCACAGGGCGCUCCGACCACCGGCCCUAAACCCGGACUCCCCCAGGGACGUCAUAGUCCACAUGCACUUCUUCACAAUUAAAAAACGGAUCCUCAACCUUGCCAGAGCAACCCUUCCGCAACAUCAAGGGUCCCGCCUGGCAUUCUUCAAGGACCUGGCCCCAUCCACCCUGAAGAAAAGAGGAGACCUCAAACAACUUACCCUCAUGCUUAACCAUCUCGGGCUGCGAUACAUGUGGGGCCAUCCAUUCAAACUGAUCGUGAGAAAGGACAAUCAGACCCAUAUCCUGAAAAGCGCAACCGAAAUGACUCCAUUCGCUGAAUCACUGGGACUUACCAUCUACCACUCCAACAGUCCGAAACCCUGGGCAUGUACGGAAGACCGCGACCAUAAAGGGAGUGGCCUUCAGACUCCCCCCUCCAAACACCACGCAAGAUGGUCUCUGCUCAACCUGAAGACCAAGACUAAAAGCACAAGCAGAGCCGAACGACCAUGCCAGCAGACCCGGACCUACUGGAACUGGCUAGUUACCCCCCCAGCCUCCCUCUCCAAGCCCUAG